AUGCCCCCCAAAAAGAAGGACGAUGGAGGGAAGAAGCCUGCUGGUGGCAAAGUCGCCGUGGACAAGACUUUUGGAAUGAAGAACAAGAAAGGAGGAGCAGCUCAGAGACAGAUCAAGCAGAUCGAGGCUUCUUCCAAAGCCGGCGGUACCGCUGACGAGAAGAGGAAGCAAGCUGAGAAAGAGGCACGCCUACGCGAAAAGAAGGCCGCCGAAGACGCCAAGCGCGAAGCCGAAGCUAUGCUUGCUAAGCCCGUCCAAGUCCAGAAGGUUCCGUUCGGCGUCGAUCCCAAGACCGUCGUCUGUAUAUUCUUCAAGAAGGGGAAUUGCGAGAAGGGAAAGAAGUGCAAGUUUUCCCACGACUUGUCGGUUGAGCGCAAGACCGAGAAGAUAAACCUCUACACCGAUGACAGAGCCGGAGAAGAGGAGAAGAAAAAGAAAGAGACAAACGACGACUGGGACGAGGAGAAGCUACGAAAGGUCGUACUAUCCAAGAAGGGCAACCAACAGACCGGCACCGACAAGGUCUGCAAGUUUUUCAUCGAAGCUAUCGAGGACGGCAAAUACGGUUGGUUCUGGGUGUGCCCAAACGGAGGUAACGACUGCAAAUACAAGCAUGCUCUUCCACCAGGCUUCGUCCUCAAGACCAAAGAGCAGCGUGCCGCCGAGAAAGCUCUUCUGGACAAGUCCCCGCUCAAGACUCUGACCCUGGAGGAUUUCCUAGAGUCGGAGAGACACAAGCUUACUGGCACACUUACGCCGGUGACUCCAGAGUCUUUCGCCAAAUGGAAGAAGGAUCGAAUGGACAAGAAGACUGCCGAAGAACAAGCCCGUCAACAGAAGGAACACACUGGCCGUGCGUUGUUCGAAAGUGGUGACUGGAGAUAUAAAGAGGACGAGUCCGAGGCUGAGGACGAUUACGACGGCGAUGACGGCGACGACGCCUGGAAUUUGGAGAAAAUGCGACGGGAAACUGAAGCGCUCCGAGAGAAGAAUGAGGCGGAACGGCUGGCCGCCGCGAACGGUACCGAAGGUGCUGGCGUCGGGGCAUGA